AUGCUGCGGGAUCGGCAGCUGAGAGUCCGCUCCGGGAACGAGUCUCGUCCCACGCCCCCUAUGGAGCCAGCGGGUCCUGGCUCCUGGCCCCACAGCCGCGUUGCACUCGACCGGCUGGAGAAACUGCUGCGCUGCUCGCGAUGCACCAAUAUUCUGAGGGAGCCUGUGUGCUUAGGAGGAUGUGAGCACAUCUUCUGUAGUGGUUGUGUAAGUGAUUGCCUUGGAACUGAAUGUCCAGUGUGUUGUACCCCAGCCUGGAUACAAGAUGUGAAGAUAAAUAGACAGUUGGACAACAUGAUCCAACUUUAUAGUAAGCUUCGAAAUUUACUGCAUGACAAUAAACUUUCAGAUUUGAAAGAUGACAUAAGUAAGACAAAUAUAUUCAGUGAUGCAGAAAACAAGAAGAAUUCAAUAAAAAUGUGGUUUAGUCCUCGAAGUAAGAAGGUCAGAUAUGUUGUGAGUAAAGUUUCAGUGCAAACCCAGCCUCAGAUGGGCAAUGGUGAAAAUGCUCAGCAGACCUCCAUGUAUGAAUUUGUUUCCACAAGUCCUCCAGCAGAUGUUUCUGAAAAGGCUAAAAAAAAGGCUUCUACAAAAUCUAAGAGAAAGCAAAAAAAGAAAACGUUAGCUGAAAUCAACCAAGAAUGGAAUUUGGAGAAGGAAAAGGAAGGUGGUAAGCCUGACCCAAAAGAAGAAUUUAAGGAAAAGCUGGUGUCCUUCAGCGACCAGCCAUCUGCCACUGCGAACGCUCAGCUCAGUGGUGAAGUUGAUUUACUAGCAAGUGACCCAACAGCAGAAUCUGAAGGUUUUGGAAGCUUUAGUGAAAUCUCUUUACCUUUGGCUGAGCAAAUAGUGUCUCCUGAAAUUGAGAGCAAGGAUGAUGUAGUGACUCCUGAGGAGAAUCCCUGGGAAAAUGAUCUGAAAUCGAAGAAACCCUUGCCAUUAGAUCGUGAUGGCAAACGAGAGCGUCACAGCCAACUUUCCAGUCCCAUUUCUAAGAGAUGUAGAAGCAGUGCUCAGAGCACCAGCAGAGAUCUUGUCAUGCAAACAGAUCUCUCAGAAGACCCAUUGCCUGAGUGUUCUUCCCCACCUUCAAGCAAACGUAAAGUUGGUCGCAAAUUAAGGAGAAAAAACAGUAAUCUGUCAGAUGAAUCCAUUAGUCUCUCACCAGCUAUGCCACUUUCUGCUCUGAAUAGUCCCAGUUACAGACGAAUGAUGUCUAGCCCCUCAGCAAUGAAGCUGUCCCCCAAUAGCCGUAUGGCUGUGAAGAGAAAUCAUAGAGGAGAGACUUUGCUCCAUAUUGCUUCUAUUAAGGGUGACAUACCUUCUGUUGAAUACCUGUUACAAAACGGAAGUGACCCAAAUGUUAAAGACUAUGCCGGAUGGACACCACUGCACGAGGCCUGCAGUCAUGGGCACCUGAAGGUAGUGGAAUUGUUGCUUCAGCACAAGGCGUUGGUGAACACUACAGGGUAUCAGAACGACUCACCACUUCAUGAUGCGGCCAAGAAUGGGCACUUGGACAUAGUCAAGCUCUUACUUUCCUAUGGAGCCUCCAGGAAUGCUGUUAACAUAUUUGGUCUGCGGCCUGUGGAUUACACAGACAGAGAAAAUAUGAAAGCACUGUUGCUGCUACCAGAGAAGAAUGCCUCAUCGUCAGCUAGCCAUUGCUCGGCUAUGAGCACAGGUCAUCGCAGGGAUAGGCCCCUUGUGCUUAUAGGCAGUGGCCUUUCCUCAGAACAACAGAAGAUGCUCAGUGAGCUUGCAGCAAUUCUCAAGGCUAAAAAAUGUGCUGAGUUUGACAGUGCAGUGACGCAUGUCAUUGUUCCUGGUGACACAGUUCAGAGUACCCUGAAAUGUAUGCUUGGGAUUCUUAAUGGAUGCUGGAUCCUAAAAUUUGAAUGGGUGAAGGCAUGCCUGCAAACAAAAAUAUGUGAACAGGAAGAAAAGUAUGAAAUUCCGGAAGGUCCGCAGAGAAGCAGACUCAAUAGAGAACAGCUGUUGCCAAAGCUGUUUGAUGGGUGCUACUUCUAUUUUGGGGGACCCUUCAAGCACCAUCCGAAGGACAACCUAGUGAAGCUAGUCACUGCGGCUGGGGGGCAGAUCCUCAGUAGAAAGCCGAAGCCAGACAGUGACGUGACUCAGACCAUCAAUACUGUUGCGUACCACGCCAGGCCUGAUUCUGAUCAGCGCUUCUGCACACAGUAUAUCAUCUAUGAGGACUUCUCUAAUUUUCGCCCAGAGAGGGUUCGGCAGGGCAAAGUCUGGAUGGCGCCUUCCAGCUGGUUUAUAGGCUGUGUGAUGUCCUUUGAGUUGCUCCCGCUUGACUGCUGAAUUCUGUACCAAAUGAACAUUUCAUUCUGAACUUCUGCAGUACGUGAGAACCUAGCCAUUGAAUGCCUUUGGUCACUGACUUCUUUACAAAUAGGUAGUUAGUC